AUGGAAGGUCUUGGCAGCUAUGGUGCAUCUGCUGCUCGUCCGGCUGCUGCGGGGCAGCCGGCCACGCAGCAACUCCCAAAGCACUUGCGUGAUGAUUUGGAGAUUCAGCAACUUUGUGACCUCUACCAGUCGCAAUUGGCAGAGCUGAAUGCCUGCCAUUCACUCUUGACAGUUGAUCAGGAAAGACUGGCAACGAUGCUCGCCCCAUAUGUGAAUGCCUCUGGUGAACUGGUCAUGGAGGCUCCAGAUCCGGAUGUGAUGCUGUUCAAGCAUGGCUUGGAUUUGCGACUGAAGGAAUUCGAGGAAGACUGCAAGCGCAUUCAACAGACUGAGCAGAAGUUACAAGACAAAAUCGACAGCGCUGCUUCAGAUUAUGAGCAGGUUUUGAGUUCCGCUUGGAAUAGCAUUACUAAUAGUUGA